AUGUCUGAGUUCUCGGGUGCUAUCGGUAUCGAUCUUGGUACCACCUACUCUUGCGUUGCCGUCUGGGAGGGUGAGCGUGUUGAGAUCAUUGCUAACGAGCAGGGUAACCGUACCACUCCCUCGUACGUUGCUUUCGCUGACACCGAGCGCCUUGUCGGUGAUGCCGCCAAGAACCAGUCGGCCAUGAACCCCCACAACACCGUCUUCGAUGCCAAGCGCCUUAUCGGUCGUCGCUUCGAUGAGCCCUCGGUCAAGCGUGAUGCCCAGAACUGGCCGUUCAAGGUUGUCGAGAAGAACGAGCAGCCCUACAUUGAGGUUCAGUUCCAGGGCGAGACCAAGACUUACUCCCCCCAGGAGAUCUCCGCCAUGGUCCUCAUCAAGAUGAAGGAGGUCGCCGAGGCCAAGCUUGGCAAGACCGUCAAGAAGGCCGUUAUCACCGUCCCCGCCUAUUUCAACGACGCUCAGCGUAACGCCACCAAGGAUGCUGGUACCAUCUCGGGCAUGGAUGUCCUGCGUAUCAUCAACGAGCCCACCGCCGCUGCCAUUGCCUACGGUCUGGACUCCAAGCAGAAGGAGGAGCGCAAGGUCCUCAUCUUCGAUCUCGGAGGAGGAACCUUCGAUGUGUCGCUUUUGACUAUUGCCGGCGGUAUCUUCUCCGUCAAGGCCACCGCUGGUGACACUCACCUUGGUGGUGAGGAUUUCGACAACACCCUCGUUGAGUACUUCAAGGAGGACUUCAAGCGCAAGCACGACAAGGACAUCUCCGGUGAUGCCCGCGCCCUGCGCCGUCUGCGCACCGCGUGCGAGCGUGCCAAGCGCACUCUCUCGUCGCUGGCCCGUACCACCAUUGAGGUUGACUCGCUGUUCGACGGUGUCGACUACCAGGCCACCAUCACCCGUGCCAAGUUCGAGGAGCUUAACUCCACCCACUUCCAGAAGACCAUCGACCCCGUUGCUCAGGUCCUCAAGGACUCGGGCAUUGCCAAGAACCAGGUUGAUGACAUUGUCCUUGUUGGUGGCUCCACCCGUAUCCCCAAGGUCCAGUCCCUGCUGCAGGAGUUCUUUGACGGCAAGGAGCUGAACAAGUCCAUCAACCCCGAUGAGGCUGUUGCCCACGGUGCCGCCGUUCAGGGUGCCGUUCUUACCGGUACCGCUGAUGCUUCCAAGACCGACGACCUGCUCCUGCUCGACGUCGUGCCCCUCUCCCUCGGUGUCGAGAUGCAGGGCGGUGUCAUGGGUGUCGUUGUUCCCCGCAACACCCCCAUCCCCACCAACAAGCAGCGUGUCUUCACCACCUGCGCCGACAACCAGACCCACGUUGAGUUCCCUGUCUUCGAGGGUGAGCGCCCCAUGACCAAGGACAACAACAGCCUCGGCAACUUCGAGCUUAACGGCAUUAUCCCCGCCCCCCGCGGUGUCCCCGAGCUUGAGGUCACCUUCGACAUUGACGCCAAUGGUAUCCUUAAGGUCACCGCCGUUGACAAGGCCUCGGGCCGCAAGGCCAACAUCACCAUCUCCAACGCCACCGGCCAUCUUUCGGCUGCUGACAUUGAGCGCAUGGUUAACGACGCCGAGAAGUUCAAGGAGGAGGACAAGGGUCGCGAGGAGGCCAUCCAGGCUAAGAACAACCUCGAGGCUUCGAUCCACCAGAUCGAGUCCACCAUCUCUGACAUUAGCGUUGGUGCCCGCCUGAAGAACAAGGACCGUGAGGCUCUUGAGACCGCCCUUGCCGAGACCAUGGAGUGGCUCGACACCAACGCCGCCACCUCCGACAAGUCGGCCAUCAACGCCGCUCAGAGGAAGCUGGAGCUCGUGUUCAAGCGUGCCUUUGCCGCCGCCAACAACAACCAGCGUGGUCGCCGUUAA